GCUGCGGAGGCUUUGGCUUCGAUUCUUGAGACGGAGGCGGCGGCGGCGGCGCUUUGUUCGCUUUCUCGAAAUGUCCUUCCUCUUUCGAAAAUUUCUGGAGGAUAAGGAGGUUACUUGUAGUAAAGUCCAAACCUUGAAUGACUGAGCUCAUGUGGAUGCAACUCAAAGAUGCUCAUUUGGGCUGCCAAUGUACUUGCAAAGAGUUCAAUAUUUACUAGAGAUCCAAGACAUCUUCAGUUUGAAGCUGACUUACAUCGUCUCUUUCUUUAUACCAGCUAUAAUCGUCUGGGAAAGAAUGCUGAUGAGAAUGACAUUGAAGAGAUCAUUGAUAUGGCAAACAAAGCCUCUGUUAAAGAUCGAUGGAUUCAAGUCCAAGAAAAUGUUCAUUUUCAAUUCAAAAACAUGUGCCAGGUCAUGGAUGAAAUUCUUCUUUCUGACACAAGAAGCAUAAAUGGUAAAUCUUGUUCAAGUUCAUCCUUCCAGAAUGGUCCUCUACAAAGUGAAUUGAGUUUUUCUGUCGGAAAAGGAACGCCUAAUAAUGAAUCUGUUGUUCCUGUUACACAGCCAAUGACACGCGAGGAAUUAUCUCAGGGUCUGAAGGAAUGCAUUGGCUAUACACUUGAUAUAAGGCCAUCUGAAAUUCCUCAUGAGGAAGCUGGCCAAGGCUUGUUUCUUGAUGGUGAAGCUGAUGCUGGAUCUAUCAUAGGAUUUUACCCUGGGCUGAUAUAUUCACCAGCUUACCACCGGUUCAUUCCAGGCUAUCCCAUGGUUAAUGCUUCCAACGCCUAUCUUAUUACAAGGUAUGAUAGAAUUAUGAUUGACGGACAAACUUGGGGUCGUGGUGGUGAAGCCCGAGAGUUGUGGGAUAGUAAUUCACAAUUCAAGGAGCAUCUCUCUGAAGAAUCCAAUAGAAGAUCUGAUGGGAUUUGGAGAAUUUUUAGUAAACCAGUCGAAGAUAACAACAUAGUAACCUAUGAGGAAGUACUUGAAAGGCGCAAUCCUCUAGCUUCUGCACAUUUUGCCAACCAUCCACCCAAAGGGGUAGCACCUAAUGUCAUGGUUUGCCCGUAUGAUUUUCCAUUGACUGAGAAAGACAUGAGAGUUUAUGUUCCUAACCUUGUUUUUGGACUCGAUCAAAGUGUCAACAGGAAGAGAUUUGGCACUUCUUGGUUCAAAUCAGGAAAUGCUGAUGUUCAAUAUGGCAACUCUCCGGUAUUAAAAACAAUUGUACUUGUUGCUACAAGGGAUAUGUGCAAUGAAGAACUUUUCUUGAACUAUAUGUUGAGCAACCAAAAGAAACAUCCAUCGUGGUAUACUCCAGUUGAGGAAGAAGAUCCUUGUUGAUGGGGAUAGUAACCAGGUCUUCAGUAACAUUUUAAAAAGUUGUUUGCAUAGUCUGCUGAUCUAGUUGCUCCUGUCAGUUAGGUAAUCAUGCCAAGAAGUUUGUUGCUGCAUUUUUUCUCAACAAAGUACUAGAGAUAGAAUUUAUUUCCAUUAUAUGAUGAUUUUCUGCAUUGUCAUAUCUAAACUGAGAAUUAUGAAGUUUUUGGCUAUUGCAAUAUGCAUCUAUAAUCAAACA